AUGGCUCCUACCGGUAGGCUGGAGCAGAAUGGAAAAAAAGAUGGAAAACUUGCGCCAAUUGCUAAUCAGGCCUCCGAAAUCCCUGGCACCGAGUCCAGGCUAGCCAAUGGUACCAGCCAGACCUCUUUACGCCUAGAAUUGGAAAGAUCUUGUAGCCACGUUCAGAUUGGUUCCAACAAAGUAAAGGAAGGUUAUCACACCAAUGGAGCCAUAGGACGAGAGCCUUUAGGUCUGGAGAUUCAGGAAUGCUACGAUUGUGGUCUUCGAGUCUGCUCUGACUGCAUAGCUAGUCUACCAUUAUCCAUCGAUGCUGACACGGAGGUGAGCCUAUCUUCUUUAACCGAAAGCCCUUAA